AACCAAAUGGUUCGGAAUUGGGUUACAGGUUUGGUGUCAAGCUGUGAAAUUAAGAAAGUGAGAAGCAAGUGAGAGUGCAGGCUCGGGCGUCCCCAAGCGCUCUAUUUUGUGUGGCGAUUCACAGAAGGGGCAAUCUUUCAGAUCAAUUUCCAAAGGGAAAAAAAAAACUCCUCUCCGGCGCAACAUGGGCCUGCCGCUGAACUCCACCUCGUCACAACAAUCCAAUACCAACGAGACCACCUCUCCUGACCAAAUCCAGGACCUGCUUGAGGCUGCUAGAUAUGCAGACAUGGAUGAUGUGAGGAGCUUGUCAUCUGCAGGUGUUUCUCUGGAUUCCAAAGAUUCUCAAGGACGAACAGCACUUCAUAUGGCUGCUGCAAAUGGCCAUCUUGACAUCGUGGAGUAUCUCUUGCAAAAUGGAGUGGAUGUCAAUGCUUCAAACGCAGAAAAGAACACUCCUUUGCAUUGGGCUUGCCUCAAUGGUCAUACAGAGGUUGCCAGGGCUCUGAUCCGAGGAGGAGCCUCCAUGAGCAUGCUUAAUAGCUAUGAACGGACACCGAUGGAUGAGGCAGUGAGCCAGGGAAAGUUGGAGUUGGUUGAUGCAAUCAGCGCGGUAGCUGAGUUUGAACUAAAUGGUGUUGAACUUUCUUAAGAAACUAAGAUGAAAAGCAUCGCAAAGACUAAUCCAAGGGGUUUUUUUAAAUUUUUAUUUUUAGUAUCAUAUGCAGAUUUUAUUUUUAGGUGUUUUGAAGUAAUUUCUAAAUUAGUGUCUAUCAAUGUAAUCCUAAUAGUAAUGUAAAACAAAGUGGGAUUUACUUGAAUCAUAUUAGUGGUAUUUGGUACUAGGGGAAAUCUGGUGGAAGAAUUGAAGUUAAAUUUGCUUUGGUUAAAGAAAAGCAGAGGGGAUUGAAAAAAAUGAAAUCUAUCAGGGUU